UAUAUAUAUAUAUAUAUAUAUAUUAUAAGUGGUGGCUAGCAUUAAGAUUUGAUACAAAUGUUUCGUUCCACUUGAAUGAUGGUGUUUCCUAUGAAAUUUGAAUCCUGUCAGCGUCGUUUCAAAUCUUAAACUUUAUUUGUAUUAUAUUGGAUCUGUACACAACUGAUUUUUGCAUUUACUUGAUAAAAUGGAAACUUCCGAGUGGAACAUUAGGAUUCAACAGCACAUCGCCACUUCACUCUGUUCUCUUGAGUUGUUCUUAGCUUACUCCACGAUUUCCUAAAGGCUUUUACUUCCUCUUCACACGAUCUCCUCCAUGCCACCCUCGGGCCCAUAUCUAACUUGUCGUUACCCAUUAGGGUUCCACUCGAGGGCCUAAGUAGCGAUAUGACUCAAUGGUCUUCUCAGUGUGUAUUUGAUUGAUCUCCAUUUUAAUAGAGAUGUUCGUUGAGCAAUAUGUUCCUCGUUUGUUCGUCUUCAGAGUUCCUUGAUGCUUAUUCUUUCUGAUUAGCCAUCUGAUUUUCAGUAUCGAGCGAAACGGGCAGCUGUUGAAUAAAGUUUGAUGGCUGCUUUAUUAAAAUAGCAUUACAUAAAUUCUUUUAAUUGUCUUCAAAAUAUUCAACAACAGAGUAGGUGAGAUUGAGCUAAUACACAGGGAAUAUUAACACUGAGUUUGCCUCUAAUGUUCAAUUUUAUAUUGAGUUCAGCCAAAAAAGUAAAAUAUGUAACUGCAUCAUCUUACUUAAAUUUUCAGUUUCUUUCCUGUAUACAAAGUGCAACAGUUUGAACUGAUGUACUUUUGAGUAAAGCUUCUACAGUGUUUCACAGGUGUGUUUAUGUGCGCGUAGGUAUAUGCGUUUGUAAAUUAUUCUGAUUAUUUGAAUGUGUGAAAAUUCUGUUUAUUGUCACAUAGAAUAUAUGUACUUUCUAGUAUUUUUAGUUUGAAAUGUAAACUUCAAACGGUUAUUCUUUAUCAGAUGGUGUGAUGUAUACAUCUGAUUAGUUUUCCUUGUCACAACAGCUAGUCUUACAAAUUGAACAUUUCUGAAUUAUUUAAUUAUUAUUUUAAAGUGUUAGUCUGUUGGAUUUGAUUGGUUUCCAUGUAGAUUCCGUCACUACAGAGAUUCCGACAUCUGUCUCGCCCCAGUUUCGGGCUCUUCAUCAGGACGGUCACUCGUUAUUUUUAAAAAUGGAGAAUAGUUCUUAUACUUAUAUCAAUAGUUCUGAAAGUUUGUUUUUAGUUCACAUUAUUUUACGACAGAACUAUCAAAUUUUAAAUUGUGUCUACUUUUAGAAAAUGUGUUAAAUUUUUUCUUUUUUUUUCUGUCAUUUAAAUAAUUAUUUAUUACAAGUGAGUUAUCAUAUUGAAGUUUGUUUGUUUCGCUUUUAGGCUGCAUUCAUUCUUUUAUAUUCAUCUGUUACAUAAAUAAUAAUUAAAGGUUUGAACGUCGGUCAACAGAAUUAUUGCCUGGUAUGGAGGGCAAAUAUGUGGCUAGAGGUCAAUUUUCUGGAAAGUGUAUAGCUGUACUAACAAGUGGUGGAGAUGCUCAAGGAAUGAAUGCAGCUGUACGUGCUGUUGUACGCAUGGGAAUAUAUUGUGGAUGUCGUGUUUUUUUCAUUAAAGAAGGAUAUCAAGGUCUUGUGGAUGGUGGUUCAAAUAUUGUAGAGGCAUCAUGGGCUGAUGUAUCUGGAAUACUUCAAGCUGGUGGCACUGUUAUUGGAUCGGCUCGAUGCAUGGAUUUUCGGAAUCGGGAAGGGCGUUUGAAGGCUGCUUUAAACUUAGUUAAGAAUGAAAUCACAAACCUAGUUGUUAUUGGCGGUGAUGGUUCCCUAACUGGCGCUGAUUUGUUUCGUAAAGAAUGGUCAGGUCUUCUAGAAGAACUGGUUAAAUCAAAUCAGAUUUCUUCUGAAAACGCUGAACGAUUUGGUCAUUUAAAUAUUGUUGGUUUAGUUGGUAGUAUUGAUAAUGACUUCUGUGGUACAGAUAUGACAAUUGGUGCAGAUUCUGCACUUCAUAGAAUUAUUGAAGCAACCGAUGCUAUCUGUACCACAGCUAGUUCCCAUCAAAGAUGUUUCAUUUUAGAAGUAAUGGGAAGACAUUGUGGUUACUUAGCACUAGUUGCAUCAAUGGCAUGUGAAGCUGAUUGGGUAUUUAUACCCGAAAUGCCACCAGCUGAUGAUUGGCGUGAAAAGUUGUGUCGCAAAUUACGAAUGAAUCGUCAAUUCGGACAACGUGUAAACAUAAUCAUGGUUGCUGAAGGCGCUAUCGAUAAAGACUGUAAACCCAUCAUCUGUGAAGAUGUUAAAAAUUUAAUCGUUAAAGAACUUCAAUUCGAUACACGUAUUACAGUACUGGGACAUGUACAACGUGGUGGUUCGCCAUCAGCUUUUGAUCGUAUUCUAGGCAGUCGUAUGGGCGCUGAAGCUGUUUUAGCUCUUAUGGAUGCUGAUCGUAAUCGUGAACUACCAGCUUGUGUUAUAAGUUUAGACGGAAAUCAAACAGUACGAGUACCACUUGUACGAUGCGUCGAGCGAACACGUCAAGUUGCUGAAGCAAUGAAAAAUUUUGAUUUCGACCAAGCUGUUCAGCUGCGUGGAUCGAGUUUCAUGAAUAACUUGUCAACUUAUUUAAAGCUUUCUAAAAUCGAACGACCACGUCAAAGUACCAUGAAUAACCUAAAAAUUGGUAUUGUCAAUGUCGGUGCACCAGCCUGUGGUGUAAAUGCUGUGAUGAGAGGAUUUGCUCGUUUGGGUAUUACUAAAGGUUAUACUAUACUUGGUAUACAUGAAGGAUUUUCUGGUUUGGUCAAUGGUGUGGUAACUGAAAUACAAUGGUGUGAUGUACGUGGAUGGGUCGCUCUCGGUGGUUCUGCUCUAGGAACACGCAGAGAUACACCAAAUUCUUUAGGCAUUGAUAAAGUUGCCAGUAGAUUUAAACAAUAUAAUCUAAGUGGUUUACUUGUUAUCGGUGGUUUCGAGGCAUAUGAAUGCAUGAUACAGUUAGCUGAAGGACGUGAUAAACAUCCAGAACUGUGUAUACCUAUAGCUAUGGUACCAGCUACAAUAUCUAACAAUGUACCGGGCACUGAUUUCUCUUUAGGCUGUGAUACAGCCUUGAAUGAAAUAUGUUCAAUUUUAGAUAAAAUUAAACAAAGCGCUUUAGGUACAAAACGUCGUGUAUUUGUUGUCGAGACAAUGGGUGGUUAUUGUGGUUAUUUAGCUACAAUGAGCGCCUUAGCUGGUGGCGCUGAUGCUGCUUAUAUCUAUGAAGAACCAUUUACAAUUGAUGAUUUACGCGAAGAUGUUGUACAUUUACGUGCUAAAAUAGCCGAUAAUGUUCAACGUGGGUUAGUCCUAAGAGCUGAAUAUGCUAAUAAAAAUUAUACAAGUGAAUUUAUUCAUCAAUUAUAUGCAGAAGAAGGCAAAGGUAUAUUUGACUGUCGUUGUAACAUAUUAGGUCAUAUGCAGCAAGGCAAUAGUCCAAGUCCAUUUGAUCGAAACCUUGGGACUAAAUUCGCUUCGAAAGCAAUUGACUGGUUAAAUGAUCAAAUUAAUGCAAAUAUACGUUCAGAUGGUACUGUUUAUACUCCUGGGCAUUUAUGUUGUACUCUAAUUGGUAUAGUACGUCGACAAACAACAUACUCAAAUAUUAUGGAAUUGAAAGAUCAUACAGAUUUCAAACAUCGUUUACCUAGAGAAGAGUGGUGGCUUAGUCUUCGUCCACUAAUGCGCAUUAUGGCUAAACACGAUAGUCUUUAUGAGUCAGAAAGUAUUAUGGCUGGUACUGAUAGAAAAGCUACAGAAUAAUAAAUUUUUAUUAGUUGAUUGCUUGUUUAAGCUUACGUUUCAACCUUUCUCCCCUAAUGAGAUACUACUACUCUUGCAAUUGUUGUUAUUAUUAUUUCUGAUGGUGCCAACAGAUAAUGAUGAUCCUAUGAUUAUGAUUAUUCUUUAAUUCUAUUAGCCUAUUAUAAUAUCGAGUUAGAUAGAUCAUGUGUUUUCAAAAGUAAUCAGCAUGGAGUGAGUACUUUAGCACCUCAUUGUCUGUUUAUUUGGUUUUCGACGAAGAAAAUUAAUUUCUCUCCGUAUCUGUUUAUUUGAUAAUCUCUCUACUUAUUUUUACGAUUAGUAUAAUUUUCCUUGCCUUUUUUAACGUGAAUAUCGAACGAAAGAUUCAAAUACAACUAAAAUAUAAUUAUUUCUUAUUAGAUUUUCAACAUAAAUGAUUAUGAUUGAUAACACAACCUAUUUUAUUCUUGAUUAUCAUUCUCUAACUUGUUUUGUUAGCCUUCAACUUUACGUUGUUUCAUAUUAUAUCAUCUCUACAUCUUGUUGUCAUGAUAUUUAACCAUUUACUUAGUAUAAUGUUUAUGUAGUAGACACGCCUACAUGUAGAUGUUUGCUUCAAAUCUCUUUCCUCUUUGAUAUGUUAUUAUUAUCAUUAUUAAACGAGCUAUUCAAUAGUGUUUCUGUUACUGAUUUUCAUUUCAUCCUUACUCCCUUAAAUGCUAAUAUUAUUACCAUUUAUUACAGUUAAAAUCAUUCAGAAAAUCACUUCAAUAAUAUAUUUUUAUUUUCCAGUAA